ACCGCUCACACGGCCGUGGCCCGACGGGGGAAGCCUGCUCGGGCAUUUUGCGGGGUUCUACGUUAAAUAAAUCACUGAUCGCCAUGGGUGUAGCGUUGACUCGAGCAGCUCAGUGGACGGCGGCUGGCAUCGGGGUCGGCAAGUUAGAAUUUACUCCUCUAAACGUCUCCCUACUGAACAACAUUAUUAAAUUUGUGGAAUAUGUUAGUUCCAAGCACCCACAAGAAGCAGCCUUAAUGUUUCGGGAAGCUCUUGAAUGGAAGUCAAAUUUGGAGAUAUCCGCGUUUGGGGCAGAUUAUCAAAUCAGUAAAAAAACUGUUGUAUCAAAAGAAAACAUGGAUGGAAACCCGUUGCUGAUUUUUGAGGCUUCUACUGGUGUCAUCAAAGUGUCCACUUUUAACCAGCUAGCCAAACUGCUAGAAAUAGCUCAGAAGGACAAACUGAAGGAAACACAAGUUUGUCUGGAAGCAAACAGAGAUCCAAUUGCGAAGAUUCUGGGCCCAAGCUUUGCUACUGUGGAAGGAGAAGACAAAUCUAUGUUGCGUUUACUGGAAAAAGUGAAGAAAAGUGAUGAAGAGCCUGAGGCUGAAGUUCAAAUGAAGUUGUUCCUGCUUCUCCAGCAGCUAGAUAUGCAGCUUCUAAAUGCUUCUCUACAGAAAAUUUCACAAGAAGUGCGUCUGAACCCUCAGGCUAUAAAGAAUGAUGUGCAAUUGCUCCAGUCCUUCUCUGGAGAAGGAGACAUGACCGUUUUAAAAUCUAUCAACUAUACAUCAGAAUAUGAAUUUUCUAAUGGAUGCAGAGCCCCGCCAUGGAGACAAGUAUAUGGAGAUAUUUGCUACCUGAUUAUUAAUACUCAUGACACUGAUACAUUGUAUGUCACAUGUAACACAGCUGGGGUUUACUUAAAUGGGGGUCCUAUAAAGGACAAUGAAGAUAUUAUCUAUGACAGAAAUGGUGAUAUCUACAAGGAUCUUAUUACAUUUCUCAAGGCAAAAUCUCCCACAUUUGCAGAAAAUCUUUCUCAAGUUCAACAGAAUUUUGUACUGCAAAAGAAACCCCCAUCUACUCGUAAGACCCAGAAAACAGAAGUACCUGUUAGUGAGGAACUUGAGCAGAGUGAAAAGUUUAACGAUUAUCAGGAGAAGAAUAAGUUUGAAAGAAAGAAGCAACCCCCAAAGCCUAAGACAAGGGAUACAAAGAAAGAAGAAACUCCCUAUAUACAUAAGAAUCUGGACUCAUCCCAUCAGCUGUUCUCAAAGGAGGAAAAAACUCAAAUGAAAGACCAGGACCCCAAGAAGACUAAACAAGAGAAAGAAAAUGUUGAUAUUGUCACAACCAAGAAGCACAAGUGCAAAGCAGCUCAAGAAAAAAGACUUUUGCUGCAGAGAAUGGUUUCUGAAGGAUCAGAAGAGUCGAGCGAAAGUUCUACAGAGAGUGAGGAAGAACAACAAGAUAUGAGCAGACAACAGGAACCCAACACUGAUUUACCUUCUGAGUACUGGCAGAUUCAGAAGGUGGUAAAAUACCUGAAGGGUGGCAACCAAACAGCUACUGUUAUUGCCUUGUGCUCAAUGAUGGACUUUAACUUGACCAAUGAGACAUGCCAGUUGGCCAUCCGAGAUGUGGGCGGCCUAGAGGUUCUGAUUAACCUGUUAGAUACAGAAGAAACCAAAUGUAAGGUUGGUUCUUUAAAGAUUCUAAAAGAAAUUAGUAAUAAUUCACAAAUUCGGCGAUGCUUGGCAGAACUGGGUGGUUUACAGAUCAUGGUGAAAAUUUUGGACUCCUCCAAUAAAGAUCUCAAAUGUUUGGCUGCUGAAACUAUUGCCAAUAUAGCCAAAUUCAGAAGAGCAAGACAGACUGUCAGACUUCAUGGUGGAAUUCAGCGCCUGGUGGGUCUUUUGGACUGUGUUCCAAUGCUCUCAGCUAAUCUAUCGGCAGAACAAGUAAAAGAUAUUGAAGUGGCACGAUGUGGUGCUCUUGCACUCUGGAGCUGCAGCAAAAGUAAAAAAAAUAAAGAUGCUAUUCGUAAAGCUGGUGGUAUUCCUUUGCUGGCUUGCCUGCUGAAGUCUCCUCAUGAAAAUAUGCUUAUUCCAGUUGUCGGCACACUGCAAGAAUGUGCUUCAGAGCCAAGCUAUAGGUUGGCCAUUCGAACAGAAAACAUGGUUAAGAAUCUGGUAAGAAAUCUUAGCAGUGAAAGUGAGGAGCUUCAGAUGCAUUGUGCUCGCGCCAUUUUCAAGUGUGCGGAGGAUGAGGAAACACGUAAUCUUGUAAGAACUCAUUCUGGACUGGGACCACUGGUCAAGCUUGUCAGCAAGUCUGAUAAUAAGGAGCUAUUAGCUGCAGCCACGGGAGCUGUCUGGAAAUGUGCCAUCAACAUGGAGAAUGUAGAAAGGUUCAAACACUUAAGGGUUGUAGAAACUCUGAUUAAUCUACUGAUUGGUCAACCCGAGGAAGUUCUUAUUAAUGUCGUAGGAGCAUUGGGACAACUAGCACGAGACCAGGUUAUUCGGGGUGCUAUCAGGAGGUCUGGCGGAAUCGAUCCAAUGGUCAAUCUUCUAACUGGAACUAAUAAUGCUCUUCUUGUAAACGUCACCAAAGCAGUGGGAGAAUGUGCCGUGGAUGCUGAAAACAUGUCGAUAAUUGAAUCUCUAGAUGGAGUUCGUUUGUUAUGGUCUUUACUCAAAAAGCCAAAUCCAGAUAUUCAAGCAAGUGCAGCUUGGGCUCUCUGUCCUUGUAUUGAAAAUGCCAAGGAAGCUGGGGAAAUGGUUCGCUCCUUUGUUGGUGGUCUGGAAUUAAUUGUUAAUUUGCUAAAAUCUGACGACAUAGAGGUUCUGGCCAGUGUUUGUGCAGCUUUAGCCAAAAUAGCCAUGGAUGAAGAAAACUUAGCAGUUAUAACAGAUCAUGGAGUUGUCCCAAUGUUGUCAAGUUUAACAUACACAAAGGAUGAUAUGCUUCGCCAGCAUUUAGCAGAUGCCAUUGCUUGCUGUUGUAAGUGGGGUAACAACAGGGUCGCCUUCGGUGUAACUGGGGCUGUGGCACCACUGGUCUAUUAUCUGAAAUCAAAAAACCCCUUCGUACAUCGUGCUACAGCACAAGCCCUGUACCAGCUUUCAUUUAAUCCCAAUAACUGCAUUACCAUGCAUGAAAAUGGUGUGGUUAAGCUGCUUUUGAAUUUGAUGGAUUCAACAGAUGAACCUCUACAGGAAGCAGCCGCCGGUUGCAUCUCAAACAUUCGAAGGCUUGCCCUGGCUAAUGAGAAGGCCCGCUACAAGUGAAAACAGUGCACAUUCCACAUUUCCUUUUUCAGGAGUGAUUACCUGUGCAGGUACAAUAAAAGAAAGAUUUACUGAGUACUGCUUCUGGACGAACAUGAAAGACCUUCUGUAGGAGCUAAAAUAAACCAGAUGCUUAAUGGAAACACAAAAGCUGCUUCUGAUUUCUAAAAAUCAUAUAGAGAUAAGUUAAUUCUGGAAUAGUGCUACAAUAAUCUUAAAAAUACAUUUUUAAAUAUAUAAAGAAUUUAUCUGGAAUUCAAA